GAGGAGUCGGAACAUCCGCAGAUAAAAGAAGAGCAUCAAAAGCCAGAACAUCCCUGGACAAAAGAGGAAACCAUGGAGCUCCCCAUAAGUGAGCAGAAAGAGCAGCUUGUUCUGAAGCACAAGAUUCAAGAUACAAGAGAGAAACCUUUCCCAUGUUUGACAUGUGGAAAAAACUUUCUUAAAAAAGAGCAUUUAAUGAUUCACAUGAGAACUCACACAGAUCAGAAGUUUUAUUGUCUGUCCUCUGAAAAAUCUUUCACAAAAAAAUCUAGUCUGGAUACACAUAUGAUAAUUCACACAGGUGAGAAGCCUUUUGAAUGUCUGUCCUGUGGAAAAAGCUUCACUAAGAAAUCUCAUCUUGAUACUCACAUCAGAAUUCACACAGGUGAAAAACCUUUUUCCUGUACCAUUUGUAACAAGAAUUUUGCUGAAAAAGGUAGUUUGACUAAACACAUGAUAAUUCACACAGGUGAAAAGCCUUUUGGAUGUCUGUCCUGUGAAAAAAGUUUCACUAACAAAUCUAAUCUUGAUAGACACAUCAAAGUUCACACUGGUGAGAAGCCUUUUUCCUGUACCAUUUGUAACAAUAAAUUUAAUCAAAAGGGUAGUUUGACUUAUCACAUGAGAAUUCACACAGGUGAGAAGCCUUUUAAAUGUCUGUCCUGUGGGAAAAGCUUCACUAAGAAAUCUCAUCUUGAUACAUACAUCAGAAUUCACACUGAUGAGAAGCCUUUUGAAUGUCUAUCCUGUGGAAUAAGCUUCAGUAACAAAUCUCAUCUUGAUAGACACAUCAGAAUUCACACUGGUGAGAAGCCUUUUUCCUGUACCAUUUGUAACAAUAAAUUUAAUCAAAAGGGUAGUUUGACUUCUCACAUGAUAAUUCACACAGGUGAGAAGCCUUUUGAAUGUCUGUGCUGUGGAAAAAGCUUCACUAAGAAAUAUUGUCUUGAUAAACACAUCAGAAUUCACACUGGUGAGAAGCCUUUUUCAUGUACCAUUUGUAACAAUACAUUUACUCAAAAGAGUCAUUUGACUUCUCACAUGAGAAUUCACACAGGUGUGAAGCCUUUUGAAUAAGUCACAGCAGUUAGAUGCCACAGGAAUGAACAGUAGAGGUGUUUACCAUGAUUGACUGGUGAUAAAAUGUCCAUCUAGAAACUCUUUCACCUCAUUACAUGAGAAACUCACGGGUUAGUGUUCUUUUUUUUUUUUUUUUUUUAGGACAGUUUUGAGAAAGCCAUUAAUUAACAGCUCUGUAUACAUAGAAACCAGAACAGAUAAGGUGUUAUACAGUAAAUCCUGUACUCAGUUGAUAUAAGCAAUUGAUAAGUUUAAAUAGAAAAAAAAAAAUCAAUGCAGACCCAUAUUGUGCAACUUUGGCAUGGUGUUGCACAUCUUUUUCUGAAUGAAUUUAUUAAGAAAAGAACUCGAGUUUUAUUUUUUACACUAAAAAACUUUUAAUUGAAUGAUAAGCUAUCGGCUUUAUAUAUUCCAGAAACAGACUUUUA